CAGCUGUCAGCCUACAGCUUCUACCACCUGGUGCACGGGCAGGCCCCGCCCGUCGUGGAGGUCGCCAGACCCGCGGCUGGCGGAUUCGCAAAGGGGUUCCACGUGCUCUUUGUGCAGGGCAUCUCCGCGGGGAACCCGGAUCAGUCCACUGAGGAGUCCGUUGCUUUUUUGAAGUGUUUCUUCGGCAGGAUGGGCGAGGGCGUGGAGCCCGCGCGGCAGGUGAACUGCCCGGGCCGCUACGCGCACCUCAUGAUGGAGGCCGCCCUGGCGGCCGCGGCGGACUUCGAGCAGGUGUUGACCCAAGCGUUGGGCCGAAUCGCGCGCCUCUGCGAUGCCCAGCUGGACUGCUCCGCGUCGUACUGCAAUUACCGCGCCGAGAAGGCGUUCAAGGCCGAGCUGCGGCGCGUGCAGCGCUGGUACCGGCCGGGGCGCCGGCGGCGACGGUGGCGCGCCGGCGUCGCGCGCGAGCGGCGGCAGGCCGUCGCCGUCAAGUGCGCUCGGAGCGUGAUCACGCAGAAGGUGCGCGACCACUUCCGCAGGAUGCGUCGCCGAGUUAAGGUGGAGGGCUUGAUGAAUUGGCGGGAUGUUGCGCUCGCCACGCGACAGGCUGGCAUUCCCGUCCAGUCUGGCACCGUCCCAGUGGAGCGCCUGUGGUCCUACCUCGAGGACGUGAUGCCUUCAGCCGCGCGGGGCGUAUCGCUCCGGUGGUUUCGGGUCCUCAGCGUGGUGAUGUUCCUCCGCUACAACUACGCGCACUUCAACAAGGACAACCUGCCGACGAUGGCGGAGCGGGACCCUCUGCUCGGCCAGCGCCUGGCGACGAUCGCCAUGCUCGCGCGGGCUGUUAACGAGUCCGACCAGGGCUUGUCGCACCUAGCGCCUCUUUUUGACCCGUUCGGUUCGCGCUGA